AUGGCAUCCACUGAACUUGCCCCAGCCUAUGCCGCUCUCAUCCUUGCCGAUGACGGGAUUGAGAUCACUUCAGACAAGCUGGUCGCCUUACUGGGGGCUGCAAGUGUGAAGGUCGAACCGAUUUGGGCCACCCUCCUUGCAAAAGCUCUCGAAGGGAAAGAUGUCAAAGAGUUACUAUCAAACGUUGGGUCAGGAGGUGGCGCCCCUGCUGCUGGUGCUGUGCCUGGUGCGGGUGGUGCCACUGCUCCUGGUGAUGCCCUGGUAGAGGAAAAAGAAGAGGAGAAAAAGGAGGAGAAGGAAGAGUCCGAUGAAGACAUGGGUUUCGGGUUGUUCGAUUAA